UGCGGGAGCGCGUGCUGGAGCUGGCGCGCGGCGGCGGCGACCCCUACAGCGACCUCAGCAAGGGCGUGCUGCGCUGCCGGACCGUGGAGGACGUGCUCACGCCGCUCGAAGACUGCUUCAUGCUGGACGCCAGCGCCGUGCUGGACUUCGGCGUCCUGGCCAGCAUCAUGCAGAGCGGCCACACGCGCAUCCCCGUGUACGAGGAGGAGCGCUCCAACAUCGUGGACAUGCUCUACCUCAAGGACUUGGCCUUCGUGGACCCCGAAGACUGCACCCCUCUCAGCACCAUCACCCGCUUCUACAACCACCCGCUCCACUUUGUCUUCAACGACACCAAGCUGGACGCCGUCCUGGAGGAGUUCAAGCGAGGGAAGUCCCACCUGGCCAUCGUGCAGAGGGUGAACAACGAGGGUGAGGGUGACCCCUUCUACGAGGUCCUGGGUCUGGUCACCCUGGAGGAUGUCAUCGAAGAGAUCGUCAAGUCCGAGAUCCUGGACGAGUCUGAAGACUACCGAGAUGCCACGGUGAGGAAGAGGCCUGCUUCUCUGAGUGCCCCUGUCAAGCGGAAGGAGGAAUUCUCCUUGUUCAAGGUGUCUGACGAUGAAUAUAAAGUAAAAAUCUCGCCUCAGCUGCUCUUGGCAACCCAGCGCUUCCUUUCCCGAGAGGUGGAUGUGUUCAGUCCACAGCGCAUCUCUGAGAAGGUCCUCCUGCACCUGCUGAAGCAUCCCAGCGUCAACCAGGAAGUGAGGUUUGACGGGAGCAACCGCCUGGCUGCGCACCAUUUCCUGUACCAGCGCAGCCGGCCGGUGGACUACUUCGUUCUCAUCCUGCAGGGCAGGGUUGAGGUGGAGAUUGGGAAAGAAGGCCUGAAGUUCGAGAAUGGGGCCUUCACCUACUAUGGAGUGUCUGCCCUGACGGUGCCGUCCUCGGUUCACCAGUCCCCAGUGUCCUCACGCCAGCCCAUCAUCCGUCAUGACCUGCAGCCCGAGCCAGCUGACAGCACCCGUUCCUCUUCGUAUUGUCCUGACUACACCGUGAGGGCCCUCUCCGAUCUGCAGCUCAUUAAGGUUACACGGCUGCAGUACCUCAAUGCCCUGCUGGCUACCCGAGCCCAGAACCUGCCACAGUCCCCUGAGAACACCAGCCUCCAGGUCAUAGGCAGCCAGACCAGGCUCCUCAGCGAGAAGACCACUGCGGCAGCAGGGUCCAACCACAGCAGGCCCAGCGUCCCAGUGGAGGAGAGCCCUGGGCGGAACCCAGGAGUUUAGCUGCUUGCCAGGCAGCCCCAGAUCUGGGGAAUGGACGAGCAUGUGGGGAGCUGGAGUGAGCUGAGCAGUAGCUUCAUGCCAGCCUGUCCCUGCCCCUCCAGGCCACGUUUUAGAUGGCCCUCGUAGAUGUGGGUCCUGGGCUUCCUCAGAACCAGACCUCAGUGCCAGGAGCGUCAGCAGGCCCUGUCCUCCUUUAGGAGAUGGGGGCACAGCCCUCCAGGCCUGUUUCUGGAAGGAUUGAAAGGACUAUCAUCUCUGGCCUCUGAGGCCCAGCCUUCUCCCUUCUCCACUAUGGCCGU